AUUUUUAUUUAUUUAAUCUUUUAUUUUUUAUUUUAAAAGCAUAAUGUAAUUUGGCAAGUUAUUUUGUUUCCUUAAUUAAAAGAUACUAGAUUUAAAAUGACAACUUUCUAUUGGUUGGUGAACCUAAAGGUUCACCCUAGAGAGUGAACUCAAGAAAAAGUCUUAAUUAAUACGUGAUCAUCCACUUGGAACAUAUCGGAAAAUGGUACUAGUACUAGAAGGUUAGUACUUAUUUAGGAAAAUAACUUAAAUAGGAAAAGAAAAAACUGAGAUCUACUUGUCAUAUUUAAUACCUAUCGAAGGUAUCUUCGUACAAAACCAGCAAUGCAUGGUCUCUUGUCGAAUUUUGUGAGAAAUUAUAAACUAUGUAUCUACUUGUAUUGUCUGCUAUACACCUCAAAAAGUUUUGGUCUGCUAGCUAAUUAAAGUGAUCGUAGGCUAUGCAACACACAACUAGCAUAGGUGCAUAACUUAUUAUUAUGCUUGCCAGAAAUUCAUGGAUGGUGUCUAGCUAGCUUGUAUUUGUAUACACAUUCUUUAUCGUCGCACAGUACACAAGCUGCGACAGCUUUUCCGUUACAGGAAACCCAGAAUCUCAAAAAUACCUCUUACUCUCAUCAAAUUUGGAAACGGCUCACACUUUCUAGCUAGCCUUUCUUUCUCGCAAGUUAUACGGUAAAGGAAGAGGUUAGGAAAAUCUAUACUAUUAAAGCAAAAUACUUCUUAAAAUUUUGUCCUUAAUUUUCUUUGCUAAUUACAAGCCAUGUCACUCCUAUAUUUAAGUUUAACAAUUUUAAUUAUUAAUAAACAUAAAAUACUUACCAUAUUUUGUGGAAAUAAUAAUCUUUUAGAACUGAAUGUGAUCGUAAUAUAAUAAAUGUUAAACGUGAUAGAUUAAUACAAUAUUAUUUAUGGUUCAUUGUAAUUUAACUCGUAGUUAACCGGAUUGAAUUGGUUAGAAAACUAUUUAAUAAUUCAUCUCGACCAGUAAACAAAGUGGACAAAAUCUUAGCUACAUCCACCUUUUUUUUUAAUCUGGUUAACAAAAUAUGCCAAAUGUAAUUGACUCUGCAAUUAACAUAAUUAUGUAAAUUAAAAUAAAAUUUAUAUUAGCAGCUUUUAUUUACCGGUUUGGUAUGUUUAGGUACAAUGAAUUAAACACUUAAUUUAUCAAUAAAACAUAUGGUAUUAGGUAAUAUUAUAAAGUAUUUAAUUCAACCUAGUAUAUAUUAAAUUAACAAUGAAUAAUUUAUUAAAAGUAUAAUAUAAUAAUUUAUUUUAAAAUUAUGAUUAUGUAUUACAUCACGGGUUAUAAUAUAAAAUAAGACUUUACCAUAUAUAAUACUGAUAAUUACAUUUAUAAUAAGUCAAUUUCAUAUACAUUUUAUAUAUUUAUUUUUUGUGUGCAUGUUGUGAGUAAAAAAAAUAUAAAAAGUUUACACCAGUUUAAAAUUAAUUAUGGCUCUAUUAUCUUGUUAUCAAAUAAAUAUUCUUACAUUAAAGCACGGGUAAAAAUCUAGUUUCUUUUAUAAGAGCAUUCACAUUGCAAUGUUUUUAAAAGGGUUGUGAAAAAGAUUCUUAAAUUGAAAUAUUCAGUUAAUUAUUUUUAUUAUAAUUAUAGUAUAUUAAAAUUUUGAGAACUCUCUAAGAACUUUGCAAUGUGAAUGCUCAACAAGUUACAUUUGCUAUGUUUAGUUAAAGAAACAACGUUUCAGUAAUUUGGUCAAGCAACAAGCAAACUUUCAUAUGCAAAGAGAAACAUAGAAUCCAGUUUACUAGUUUUGAAAAAUACAUGAUAAAUAGUAGUGAAGCGUAAAUUUAUGAAAAACAUGUAUCAUUUCUAUUUUAUCUAUUUUCAGCGUAAAUUUGAUUCAGUUCUAAGAUUUUAAUUGACUUAACAACGAAUUUUGAAGAUAUAUUGUUUUUUGAACAAAAAAAAAGUAGAAGAUAUAUUGUUUAUACAUUUUUAUUUUAAAUAGAUCAUUUGUGAUCUCUAUAUAUAUGAUUUCAGAGAGAAAAUUUGGCGUCUUAAACUGUGAGAUUCUUAUACAAAACGAGUUCAUUUGCAUUAUUAUCGUUGCUUCUACUAAAUUAUAAAGAAUACUUCUUUUUUUUGUCACAAAAAUUAUCAAGAAUACUAUAAAUGAAAAUACACUUAAUAUUGGUUUGUUAUAUAUAUCAGCAUUCACAUGGGGGUUAGAGUUAAGCAAAAUGUAGCUAGGGAGUAAUUACUAAUUAGUAACUUUAGGGCAUUAGUUUACUUGUAAAAGUUGUGUGCAAGUGUUGUUUUGUCCCUUUCUUUUUCAGAAAAGGGUUUUAAUUAGGGUUUUUUCGUACAUUACACAGCGUAAGCAUCUGAAAACAGUGAAGACACAAGAGCGAAAGUGAUAGUGGGGAAUCAAAUGCUGAUUCACGAGUCGAAAACUUUUCUGUCUUCAUAAGCUACUCCGUACAUAUUUUUAGAGGUAACAUGGGUUGGACUUGGAGAGGGUAAAAGCAACUUAGUGUUGGCUAGCCAAUGAGAAAAGGACAAAGUUUGAUGUGAACCUAAUCCAACCUGGAUUACUAUUUAUAAUCACAAUGUGCUGAAUCUGAGAGAGAAUAUUCCAAAGUAGAAACCUAGGUGGCUGUCUUCUAUUCGUCUUCUUUCAUAAGCGGAAAGUUUUGAAUAUAAGUUUACACCUAAAAUGAUGUUUUGAAUAUAAGUUCACACCUAGAUAUCUAAUAUUGAUGAUCUUUUUAAGAGUUUCUAAAUCCAAUCUUCAACAUCGACCAAACCAGAAAAAAUAAUAACACAUACGAUUUAUGAUGGUUAACAUUGUAAGAAUAUGUUAAUUACUUCUGUAGCUACAAAUAUAGUUAACAAUAAAAAUUUAAGAGUUUUUUUUAAACACCACUUUCAUUAACCUUGAAAUCUGUAAUAAAUUAGUACAUUAAGAGAAUUUAGACAAUUAGUUAAACAAGACUUUAGAAACAUAAAACAAAAAAAAACCAUAAAAAAUAGAGUUAGAAAAAACUUUAAAAUAAAAUAAGAGUGAAUUCAGAACAAUACGCUUACAAAAGCGCAUGAAGCUUGAGAGUUUAUAUUUAUUUUUCUUUUUUCUCAAAACCGGCAUAUUUUAUAUUUGAGAGUUUUUGAGAGCACCUCGGUGAAAUACACACAUUAGUUUCUUAGUGAUGAAAAAUAUUAAUACUUCAACAAUGGUUUAGUUUUUAUUUAAUUUAUGUAUUUUUUAAAAAGAUGGUUCAAUGAACGUAUGUAGUCAAGAGUUUAAAAACGGUUCUCCAAAAGCUUACCGGAAGAACUUCUUCUGACACCAUUAUUUUUUUUUGUAAAUACACAAUUACUUGCUUUUUGAUUUUUAAUUCUUUUUUAAUUGGUUAGAACUCGUUUAAUAACCUACCGUUGGAAUUGGCCCGAGAGUUUAUAUUUUUUCUCUCUUUUUUGUUCUCUCCGUCAAAAAGGAUUGGUAAAACAAAAAAAAUGAUGAAUACUGUAACAAACUUAUACAUAUAUAUAGAACGAGGAGUUACCACUCUCACAAAUCCUCACGUCGACAUGACUGCUCAGAUCGAUUAGUGAUCUUGGGACUUUACGUACAUUUGUAACAAGACGAAAUUCAACCAAACUAGCUGCUUAUUAGACAUGUCCAUAGACUCAACGUCCUGCUAAAGCAUAGAGCUACAUUUAGUGAUACUGAAACAACCUUCCCCUUAAAUGUUUUUUUUCUUUUUCAUUAAAUUAUGUUUGAUUAUUCGUUUUUUUUUAUUUAUGACAAUUUUUAUCAGUUUAGGGCAUAACAAAGUAGGCGGAAAAUGGGAUUUUGUUCCUUGCAUUCAAAUUUACCGUUGUUGGGUGAGGCGUGUUUUAGACACAUUUACGUUUUUUUAUAAAGUAAUUGUUUCAUUUUUCGUGGAUGAUGCAUGCAUAAUUCAGUUAACGAACAUUCCUCUCUAGAUGUUCACGCCUUCUUCACUGAUGCCCAUAACUUUAUAUUAUUUAUAUUUGUGUGGUUAAUAAAAGAGCUUUCAACAUUGUUGAGCUGUUUUAAUCAUGUUGGUAAGUUGGGCUAGAGAAUCGACCGCUACCGUUAAAAAAAGUAGAUGCUAAAAGAGCUAGUCGAACCUAUGAUUAGAAAUAUAAAAAUUCAACAUGUCUUGUUCUGGUUUAUGGUCCAAAACAUGUAUUAAUGACGGAUGUAGAAAUAAACAUUAUCAAGUUUUAAUUCAAAAAAGUUAAACCAUACGAAAUCAGUUAGAACAAUCUUUAUUCCUAAAAACUCUUAUAUGUUUUAUUAUGUUCUAGUUAAUUAGGACAUAAAGUAACAAAUCUGAAACCAAAAUUAGCCUAUUUUAUUAUAUGUGAUAUUUUUAGUUUACCAGUUAACAUUUAUUUUCCUUGUAUUUUUAUUACAAAUUGUUUUCUAUGGAAUGAAUGACGUUUCUUUUUGGGCUAAUUUAGGUUCAAAACACACACGUGCUCUCAAACCACAUUUUAUGAUUUUACUACUUGCGUAGGAAAGACUCAUUCUCUUCUUUGUUUUUGUGUGGAUAGUCUCUUUCUAGCCACAUCACAAGCACGAGGAUCGAUACUUCCUCGCCACUGACUCAAUCAUGUACUAUACAUCUUUUUUUUUUCCUUCUUUUUUUUUGCUAUUUAAGUGAUAAAACUAUGUUACCAAAGUUCCUUCAUUUCUACAAUUGCUUUCCUCUACUACAUGUUCAAAAGUUUUUCUUUAUAGAAAUAUAGACAUAAACAUUAGUGUAAUAUUACACAUAUGGAACUGUACAGUGACCAUAUUCUAUUCUUUCGCCUUUUAAUGGAUAUAUUCUCAUAUACAUUAUGUGGCAUAAAUAAAUAGUUUUCAUUUUGUACAAGUGGUAGUGUGGAAAAGCUCUUUACCCACCAUCUCUCUCUAUACAACAAACCAUUCUUUCUCAAACUUUUCUUUGUUUAUUUAUAUAUUUUCUUGUAAGAAAGUAACUUUUAGGCACUACAAAUUAACACCCUCAUGCUCUCCUUAUCCCUCAAAUUCACUUCAAAGCCUCUCAUCUCCUCUCCUACUUGUCUAUCUCCCUCUCCGCUUCCCUGUUUCCACAUAACAACAAAAUCUCUUACAAGAAUCUUCUUCCAAAACUCAUAAGCCAUGGCAACUGUUGUAUAUCAAGGGUACCAAUCUCAUUUUGAGUCUCAACACUUUGAGCCAAGAGCUCUAAGACUUAGACUCUCUUCUCCUAACAAUCCUCACUCAUCCACACCUCUCAAUUCCCAUUUCCUUGACUCUUCCAUCAGUCCACAAGACAACAUCUCUACCUCUAAUGCAGCUUCCUUGCCCUCGCCAGCUCCUAAACCGAGCUCUAACUCGGAAAGUUGGCUCGAGACCAUCUCAAACUCGAGCUCUGAUGAAAAAGACAAGAAGACAUUACUUCCCUACGUUCAUUCUCCAUCUUCUCGUAGAACUCUCAGCGAUGAGAGCUUAGCAUUGUGCACUGAAAGCCUCGGUAGCGAGACGGGCUCUGAUGUUAUUACCGAUCAAGAUUUGUUCUCGGUUUCAUCCGAAUUAAAAACCAUGGAAACUAGAACUUCGGCCACCACAUCAAGAACAUCAAGACAAGAUAGGAAGAGAGAUGCGUUGGCUUCACUUCCACCUCCUUUGACAAGUAUGAGAGGUUUUGAUUGCAUUCAAGUCAAGUCCCACCGUGAGAAUGGAAGAUUGGUAAUGACGGCCAUGAAACCUCUGCCGCGGGAUAGAUGCUUACAGGACCGAAGUAAUGGCUGCGUCAGACUCGCGUUCUUGAUUGAGUCUGAUGACCACAUAGAGACAGAGACCAAAGAAGAAGAAGAAACUAUGGAGAUAGAGAGAGAUAACGAAGAAGAGAUUCAAGAAUACGAGGCAGAAGAAGAAGUUGAAGAAGAAGAAGAAAAAGAAGACAACGAAGUGAUGAUUAUUGAUAACAUUCAAAGAUCAAGUAGAUGUCAUGAAGGAGAUCGAGAAAACAGAGGAUUUCUAACAUGGGAAUCUUUAUGUGUUGCCACUUCUUAAAAAACAAUCUUUCUACUCAUUUUGUGAUCACAGUUUCACACCUUUUUAUUUAUUUUAUGCAUUGUGUUUUCGUUUUUGUAUAAAUAACAAGCGUUUUUUUU